AUGAGAGAGCGCGAGAAGGGUGUGCUUCAAGUCUAUCGUGGUGUGAAACUGUCGAAUGAAGAAGUUGAAAAGCUGAAAGCGAAUGAAGGCAAACUCAUCUCGAUGAAUGGUUUUCUGUCAACAAGUCGUUUGCCCUCAGUGGCGCAGAAUUUCGCAUCUCAGUCGACGAAGCGUCGAGACGCUGUUGUUGUUCUCUUUGAGAUUGAGUAUGAUUUGAGUGAGUUAAAUGAUCAUGACAUUGUGUGUGCCGACAUCGCGAAGUUUAGCGAUUAUCCAGAAGAGCAGGAAGUCCUCUUUGAUCUAGGUGCAACUUUCAAAAUUCAGUCAGUUAAUCGUGAAAAGCCGGAUCUCAGUCGUGUAAAGCUAAGAGUAACAAGCGAAGGAGCAGAUAUAGCACGAGAAUAUAUCAAGUUGAAUAGAAAAGAGCUCGAGCAAAGAAGCGUUGCGGUCAUGUUUGAUUCACUUCUUUGUGAUAUGGGACAGUAUGACAAAUCAAUGAAGUACUUUGAGAAUCUACUUCAAAAUCAUAAAGAUGAAAAUAUAAGUGACAUUGAGUUUAACCUUGGGCGUGCUCACGGCUUCAGAGGCGAGUACGACAAAGAACUGCAGCUGUAUGAGCAUAGCUAUGCAACAAUGAUGAUGAGCAAGCCAGUGCCUGAGAAAGCAUCAGCUAUAGUAUUAAAUAAUAUUGGUGUGGUUUAUGGCAGCAAAGGCGAGUAUGAUCGUGCUUUGGACUAUUGUUCAAAAUGUCUCAAGAUUCAAGAAAAGUGUUUGCCAUCUGAUCACCCAGAUAUUGGUGAUAGUCUGAAUACCAUUGGCAAUAUUUAUAACAGCAAAGGCGAGUAUGAUCGUGCUUUGGACUAUUAUUCAAAAUGUCUCAAGAUUCAAGAAAAAUGUUUGCCAUCUGAUCAUCCACAUAUUGCUAGUAGUCUGAAUAAUAUUGGCAAUAUUUAUAACAGCAAAGGCGAGUAUGAUCGUGCUUUGGACUAUUAUUCAAAAUGUCUCAAGAUGAGAGAAAAAUGUUUGCCAUCUGAUCAUUCAGAUAUUGGUGAUAGUCUGAAUAACAUUGGCAAUAUUUAUAACAGCAAAGGCGAGUAUGAUCAUGCUUUGGACUAUUAUUCAAAAUGUCUCAAGAUGAGAGAAAAAUGUUUGCCAUCUGAUCAUCCACAUAUUGCUGCUAGUCUGAAUAAUAUGGGCAGUGUUUAUGACAGGAAAGGCGAGUAUGAUCGUGCUUUGGACUAUUAUUCAAAAUGUCUCAAGAUGAGAGAAAAAUGUUUGCCAUCUGAUCAUCCAGAUAUUGCUCGUAGUCUGAAUAAUAUUGGCAAUAUUUAUGACUGCAAAGGCGAGUGUGAUCGUGCUUUGAACUAUUAUUCAAAAUGUCUCAGGAUGAGAGAAAAAUGUUUGCCGUCUGAUCAUCCAGAUAUUGGUGAUAGUCUGAAUAACAUUGGCAAUAUUUAUAACAGCAAAGGCGAGUAUGAUCGUGCUUUGGACUAUUAUUCAAAAUGUCUCAAGGUUCAAGAGAAAUGUUUGCCAUCUGAUCAUCCACAUAUUGCUAGUAAUCUAAAUAAUAUUGGUGUGGUUUAUGGCAGCAAAGGCGAGUAUGAUCGUGCUUUGGACUAUUAUUCAAAAUGUCUCAAGAUGAGAGAAAAAUGUUUGCCAUCUGAUCAUCCAGAUAUUGCUCAUAGUCUAAAUAAUAUUGGCAAUAUUUAUAACAGGAAAGGCGAGUAUGAUCGUGCUUUGGACUAUUAUUCAAAAUGUCUCAAGAUGAGAGAAAAAUGUUUGCCGUCUGAUCAUCCAGAUAUUGGUGAUAGUCUGAAUAACAUUGGCGUUGUUUAUUACAAGAGAAGCGAGUAUAAGCGUGCUGUAGGAUAUUUUGAAAGGUGCUUGAAGAUUCGUAAAAAGUUUCUUGCAUCAGGCCAUCCGGACCGUGUCGGAGUUGAGAAGAUGUUGUCCGGAGCAAAGAAGUUUGUGUAA